GGCCGGGCAUCUUUCGUGGCCCCUGAAAUGAAAACAGUGAGAGACCAUCGCGAGAAAGGACGGAUGAUCCUACAGAAGUUUUCUUCGUUGGAAGAAUAGAAUUUUCCCUCUGGCCUCUCGGUCGCUAGGCAGUGUGCACCGACUCGUGUUUACCAUCGUGUACGUGUAACACUUCUUGCGUGCCUCUAUCAAAACAUCAAGAGCGCGGGCGCACAUACACAUGCGAGCCGCUAGCGAGAAUGAAGUCACGAGUCGGCCCGAUUUUUAGGAACGUCGAGGCACACUGUGCGGCGAAUGCGAGUGCACACGCACGCAGAACCGUGCGUCUCCUAGCGUACACCUCGGCGGCCAUUUGAAAGUCCACGGCGCCAUCGUAUCGGGGAAAAAAAGGCACCGUCUCAGAGACCCCCACCGAUAAGAUCAUCCACCAUGGCGAGCACGUCGCAGCAGUACUGCCUACGCUGGAACAACCACCGUUCGAACCUGCUGACAGUGUUCGACGAGCUGCUGCAGAACGAGGCGUUCACCGACGUGACGCUCGCGGUGGACGGCGGUGCCUCGGUAAAAUGUCACAAAAUGGUACUAGCCGCCUGCUCCUCUUACUUUCAAACGUUGUUCAUCGAUUUGCCGUGUAAACACCCGAUCGUCGUCCUCAAAGACGUCAAGUACUCCGAGAUCAAGGCCAUUCUCGAGUACAUGUACCGGGGUGAGGUGAACGUGGCACAGGAGCAAUUGGCUGGCCUGCUGAAGGUCGCUGAGGUGUUGAAGGUGAAGGGCCUGGUGGAGGAGAACGGUUCCCAAGGCCGACGUGAGGAAGUCGAAACCUCGAUGUCUCCUCCGCCAGCGAUCAGCACGAGCACCAGCAGCGCGGCUCACAGCAGCGGUCACGCGUCACCGCCACACUCCACUGGAACUUCCUACAACGUGUACGGCAAGUCGUCGGUGGAGAGGAGCGCCAGCCGCCUGCCGUUGCACAUGUGGCCUCUAUCGGGGAUUCCCAUCUCCUCGCACUCCAGUAAUCACCAAGUAGCGACUCAUCCGCAACAUUCCAUUCUCACCGGUUCCUACGACAACGGCUUCGAGACCUCGCCGCUGAAACGGAAGAAGCUCUCCAACAUGAUGAUAAACAGAGACACGCCGAUACUCAGGACAGUGCUGGGCCAGGGACACGCGGACAGCUCGCAGGGCAUCCCUCUGUUGCACCCGGACAGCCACGAGAAUCACUUCAGGAACAACAGCAAUGGCUCCUCGCACGAGGGCGACCGGCGCAGCAGCACUGACAUCGCUCACGGGGAACCUGCACACAGCCCUUACACGGACGUAUCUAUGAUGGACGAGGAUGACAAGCAACCCUCGCCGCAGUCGUAUCCUGGAGAGGUUAAGUCAGGGAUCGUCAAUUAUGUUCCAACGCAGAAGCCUGAAUGGAAACGAUACAAGCAAUACACACGAAACGACAUCAUGUCCGCUAUCGAGGCUGUACGUUCAGGAAUGAGUGCCCUGCAGGCGGCGCGUAAGUAUGGCGUACCAUCUCGAACCCUUUACGAUAAGGUGAAGAAGCUGGGCAUUACAACAUCACGGCCGUUUAAACGCGGCUCGAACGGCAGCGGCGCAUGUUUCCCUUACGGAAUCGGCGGCAACGUGAAUGGAAGUAUAUACGGUGGCGCAUUGUCCGAGAACGAAAACGACAACAGCAACGCAGUAAUUGAAAAUCCUGGGUCGAUGCUAGACACGUACAAAGCCAGAGACGGCCCCAUUGAUCGGGAAAUGUUAGACAUCACUCGGUGCAGUCCUAGCCCCGUUAUACAUUCUGUGAAACAGCAGAGUAACGAGGAUCAGGUGGAGGACCUCUCCGUGAGUCGUAAGUCGGAUGUCCGUGUGAUAGUCCCGCCUACGUCGGCUAUCAAAGAGGAGGAAGACAUUGGUUCUGAUUCGUGUAACCAUAACUAACGUAUACCUUUCUUUUGUUUUUUCUCCCAUUGUCACUGGGAGACUUCGUACAACAACUAAACGUACUAUAUCUUGGUUACAACGGCAACAACGUAAGAUCUUAGGUGACUUAAAAGUAACAGUUUAGAGGGAAACAUAAGAGAGGAACGCAUAUUACUUUGUAAAGUUAUCAAUACUCGUGCAGCCUAUGUUGCGUUGAUGGUUUUCAUAAGGGUACCAUGUAUAUAGACAAUCACUUUUAUAUUUCGAAGAGAAUUUAUAUGAAAUAGGCAAAAAGUGAAGGUAAAUUAGAAGCUAAUUAAGUCAACAUUUGAUGGAGCUCAGGGAUUAGUAGUAUGUUAUCGCUGCAACACUAAGCCAUAGAAUGUCAAUGAUGACGCAAACAUUUACCAUGAACUUGGUAUGAAAACCAAGAUAGAGAUUCAUGAAAUCUUUUGCUUGGAUUAUAUUACAGAAGACUGAUUAGUGCAUUGUGGACUCAAGAGACUGAAACGUAAUCAGAGUUUGCGCUCCAAAGUUGUUAAAGCCUAAUGCUAACGAUUAAAGAAAUUGUGUCUUUUUCUUGAGGAAAAAUCUAAACUGUUGCGCCUUAACAGGAAUUGGCAGUUUGGUACCAUGAGUAAGGCAAAAAGAUUUUACAAAAUUAUGCGUAAAUGUUCUCCAUUGAUUUUAUUUAAGGGAAUUAAUUUUAUAUGUUUCUUCUAUUUGACAAAUAUUAUAAUUGCAUUAAGCUUUAAACAAUUUCGGACCAGUGAGUAUGCAUGUAUAACUUUUAUUAUUUGUGAUUCGGUAUUUUAAUUUCUUUUUGCAAUGGACAUAGUAGUACUAUGACAGCCUUAUCGAUUCUAAGUUAGGCGAUACGAGAGAAAGGAAAAUUGUAUAUUAUUUUAGCAAUAUUGUUUUAUUUUUCUUUUAGGAGAAAUAUUCCUAUCUUUAGCAUUAAAUGCUGUCAGUAGGAUACGAUUAUAUACGAGCUGUAUAAUCUAAGGAAUACUGAGAGAGGAAGGGAAAAGAUAGAAUUGAUUUCAUUAGUUUCGUUAAUGACUGAGAUAUUGCUGUUAAUUUGUUGGUAAUUAUAAGAUUACAUUAUCGUUACUGAUCAUGGCCCUGGGAUACAGCUGCAAUAUUGCUCAAUAUUACGCAUAUGCAUACAAUAACACAUAGAACGAACUACCUCAUAUUGUACAACGAACAAGAUUGUUCAUUUUACGUUAAGACUGAUGAACCUAACCUGCGUUACCAACUCGACGGAACCGUGGUAUUUUUAUUUUAUUUUACAAACGCUGAUAUAUAUAUAUAUACAGAAGAAAAGAGUAGUAUAUAUAAUAGAAUAUACAUACAUAUGUAUACAUAUAUACACACGCAGACGCGCAUAUAUGUAUAUAUACGUAUAUAUUAUAUAAGUUAUGAGAAAUAUAUUAUAUUAUGAGAUAUAAAUUUUAAUUAUGACGUAGCUAGAAUAUAAGCCACGAGACUUGCAUUUCUCUUAAACAUGUUAACAUCGCCGUGCAACGGCCGGAUACAAUGAUUUACUGAAACACAGUAUAGUUUGGUAUAUCCUAGUUUUCCGUUGUCCGCCCUUGAGAAGUAACAGAUACAUUUAGUCAGAGUCCAUCCGGUUGCAUAGACUUCAGGAUUUAUAUAUGUAAUACAAGGAUGCUCUUGGCGCGGAAUUAGAGACAGCGAAGAUUGUUUUUAUGAUGAAUUGUUGUCACAUUGAUUAUGGAUCUCAGAUUUUAUAUAUAUAGUACAAGUUGUCGAUUUGUCAACGAUAGUAAGAGUUCACUUUAUGUCAAGCCAUUUGUACAGUGAAAUUUGUCAGCUAUGCAAUAGAAACUAAAAACGUUUUUGUAGGAACAUUUUAUUCGUUGAAGUUCUGGAUAAGUUUCACUGUACAGUUAGCAGAAUAUUUCUUGAUAAGUACAAACCAAAGCUGCCUUGGAACAUUUUCACCUCAGCAUUCCAUAGUCCUUUUUAAAAUAAUGGUAAAUAAUAUGGAAUGUAAGGCUCAAUUUUUCAAAGAGAAUACAAGCUACAGAAGUAUGAUACUCUAUGAAAUAAGAAAUAGUUCAAUCUAAUCAUAUUUUUCUUGUUCAUUGUUACACUUUUUGUAAAGGAAUAGAAAUGAAAUGAAAGUUGAGCCUUGUUAGUUUUAUAAAUACAACAUGUAACACAGUACCUGUGCAUUAAUCGCAAUGCGAUUAUGAAAUAGAAUGAUAUUUAUGUAUAGAAAAGAAAGAAAACGACUGACCUUAGACGUGAAAGUCUGUUUAACCGCCAUAUAGCAAUAAAAACGAAAUAGUAAAAUUAAAAAACAUAGAGAUAUUUAUAACAAUAGUAGAACAAAAGAAGUGAGAGACUAACAAAAUAGUUGAAAUUGUUAAGUGCCUAAGCAGACAAUACCUAGUUCAAAUGAAAGGAAGAAAUAAUUGUAAUAUUUAAUGCAUAUCGAAAAGUCUGAAUAAGUAAUUGUUGUUAUUAAAGAAUCAUACUAAUACAGUGUGUUCAAUGCAGACAGAGAAAAGUGGAAACUUAAUAUAACCCAAGGUGCUAGAAACAACAAAACAUUUUGAAAUCCGCAGUCAGAGACGUCCUUUUAAAUACUGCAAAAAAUAAUUUUAUUGCGAAAAUGAUCUUAUCCGAGAAUAAAGGUUAAACCCGUCGCGUUAAAUUACAUAUUUUUAAGUGGUUCAGGUGGAUGUGUGUAUGCGUGGAAAAGAAAAGCGAAAUUCAGAAGUUUAUAUUCAUAUAGCGUAAUUUUAAUUAUUGCGUAGAUGCAAAUUUCGAUGCCUUACGAGAGCGUAUGGUAUUGCUCGCGCGAUUUCCAAUUUUUUGGCUCCCACAAAGACGAGUCUCAGCAAAUGAAAACGAAGAUUAAAUAGCAUGUAUCGUUUCUCGCUGUAUUUCUUAAAUUUUGCGAAUUCACAGGAGCAAUACUGUAACACAUUAGACGUAUCAAUUACUGAAUUAAGAUUG